CUCUACUGUAGCCAGUACUAUAGCUUCAUAUUGUAUGUGUUCUCGGAUAAUUUCUCCACUUUUGAAUUCAUUCUUCGUGAGCGCACAGUGCAGUGUCGCAUUACAACUGCUCUAGCUAUUUAAUGUGACAUGAAUACGAAACCGAUCUGAUGAAAGGCUUGUUGAACGAGCUGAUAAACGUCAUCCCCGCACAUUUUUCGGUCAAUACGAUGCUUGACACGCAGUAGUCAAAGUUAGCUCAUCUGGCCUGUUUAUUCGGAUUGCAACAUAUCAUCUAAAAUUAUUUGGUUGAUAGUGUGACAGCAACGGAUCCUCCGCCUGCUGUCACCCAAGAAGCUAUACGACCCGGACCCGCCAGAGGAGCGUGAAAAAAACAGAAACAUCGGAGGCUGUCGUCUCAAAGAGGUUGCCUGCGGUGAUGUCCAAGGCAACGAAGUCAGCAUCCAAGUCUCGGUCCCACUCUGGGUCCUGGUCCAGAUCUCGUUCUGUCUCCCGCUCCAGAAGCAGCUCACGGUCCAGAUCUAGGAAACAUCGCCACAGGUGGCUAACAACCUCUAGGUCCCGCACUCGCUCGCGCUCCAGAUCUCAUUCUCCAUCCCACAAUAACCGAGAGCGGAACUACCCAAGGGAGUACCAGAAUAAUAACCGCGAGUUCCGGGGCUACCACCGAGGCUUCCGGAGGCCCUACUACUUCAGAGGCCGAGGGCGUGGUUACUUCCCACGGGGACGCUUCCAGAGGGGUGGGGGAGGUGGCUACAACAACAACUACCGCCCCAAUAACUGGCAGAACUACAGGCAGCACCCCCAACAGCAGCAGCAGCAACAACAGCAGCAGCAGCAACACCCCCACAGCCCGAGACGGGGACGAUCCCGUACCCCUAAAAAGCGCUCGGGUAGCCCUCGUUCCCACAGCCACUCCAAGGUCUCGGACCGCUCUUCCUCGCCCCGAUCCCGGCAUUCCCGCCACUCCUCUUCCUCACAUUCCUCCUCUCCCACACGCAGGUCGGGCUCUGGGUCAGCCACGCAGAACUCUAAGGAUGUCAAAGAGGAGCGCUCUGCCUCCAAGGAGGUCCAGAAGAAAGGAGGAGGAGAAGGAGAAGGCGAGCCCGUGGAGAUCACAGGGGUGUCUGCAGGGCCUGAUGGGAGCGCUGGUGGGGAGAAGCCCAAGGCUAACUGGCAGGGUGUGACAGAUCAUAGCAACAGCACCAGCCCCAGGGGGUCAAGUCCUCAGGUGCGCUCAGCUGUUAUCAUUGGUCAGGGCGCCCCAGCUUCGACCCAGUCUAGUUCCUCUCCUAAAAGCACUAAUGCUAAUGGCUCCAAUUCCAAUGGUGCCCCCUCAUGGCAGAUUCAGACAGUGGGCAGUUCACCUUCCACCAAAAGCCCUUCUCAGAAAAGCCCCACACCUGUGUUCUCUGGCUUUGGCUUCUUCUCUAAAGACGACAACCUGGCAGGAGAUAAAGCAGCUAUCUCCUCAGUGUUCAAAAGGUUCUUGGAAGAGCACAAUCAUAAGAAAAAGCAGUCUGCUUGGGAGAAUGGCAGAGAGAUGGAAACCAAUGAUGGGGAUGUUGAGCGGGAGAAAGGGAAUGGCAUGAAGGCCUCUGGGGGCAUCUUUGACAGAGAGCCCGACAAAGGGGAGAACGAGAAGUACAAGUACAUGGAAGACUUUGACGAUGACCGGAACGUGUCGUUGAACAGCUUCUUGAAAGCCUCCCCUUUCUUUUCCUGCGAUGGCGAGGAAGAGGACGAGGAGACGAUACCCAAGUCACGUCCCAAGGUGCUCCGCAAAGAGCGUGCCCGGGAGGACGACUGGUCGCCCAAGCCCAAGAGCAAAGUCACCCUCUCGGCCAGGGAGCUAUUUGAGGAGCGCUUCGGCAAGUGGGAGGACCUGGCCUACUUGCAGGCGGCUGCCAAAGACGAUGAUCUUGAUGCCAUGGCGGAGGAGAUUUACCGCAGUCAGAAGCAGGAGAAGGCCAUGGCCAUAGCUGCAGCCUUGGUCAAGAGAGAGGCCAUAGCGGGCAUGCUCAGAGGCUUCUCCCCGGAGAACGUCAGCAAAGACAGGAGGAUGGAGAAAGCUGCCUCCAGCCUGUCCCCCAUACCCGCACCACGGAGAAACUCUGACCGGGAGAUGUUCAUGGUCAGGGGGGAGGACUCUCCCCCAAGGGGCUCUGAGAAAAGAGGAGCAGAGUUCAGCGUCAGAAUGGAUUCCCUCAGAGAUGACGUGGCAAGCUCCUCUGGUGUUAUGGUUGGUGAGCGAAGGUUAUCACGGGAUCUUGUGCAUCCUACUAAAAAGGAGCAGGAGUUUCGCUCUAUCUUCCAGCACAUUCAGGCCACACAGUUACAAAGGAGUCCCUCAGAGCUGUUUGCACAGCACAUUGUCACCAUUGUCCACUACAUUAAAGCACAGCACUUUCCAUCCAACGGAAUUACUCUAAAUGAGCGAUUUGCCAUGUACCAAAGAAGAGCUGCACAAAAAGAAAUGAUGAAGCCAAGAAAGAGCCCAGAGAUACACAGGAGAAUUGAUGUUUCUCCCAGUGCUUUUAAGAAACACUCUCACCUGUUUGAGGGGAUGAAAAGCUCCGGGGAUGGCAGUUACAAGGACGAAGGUAAAAAAAUGAAGGGUGACUCAAUGGACCUUCGUCUGGAUAUUGAGCGCCGUAAAAAAUAUUCCACCCGGGAGAGUGAUUAUAAACAGGAUGGGGGGAGAGAUUCAGGAGACUCCCCAGAGGCUGGCAGGGAGAGGCCCGCUGAGAAAUCCUCCAAGCACCACAAGAAGUCCAAGAAAAACAAGAAGAAGCCAUCUCGCUCCUCCUCUUCCUCUUCUUCUGCCGAAUCUCAAAGGGGAGGAGACUAUCCCCACGUGGAGCCUGAGCCCAAAGACGAAGGCUUUAACAAGGCCAGGCUGGGGCCUCGGGGGGACUAUGGUAGUCCCACGGAGAGGGGACGAGGACGCGGAGGCUUUUUCACCCCAAGAAUGAGGACUGGGACCCAGAGUACACCCCCAAGAGCCGAAAAUACUACUUGCAUGAUGACAGGGAGGGCGAGAGGAAGUGGGUGGACAACCGAGGACGUGGAGGACGGGGGAACUUCCUGCGUGGCAGCAGGGGCCGUUUCAUUAUCCGGAAGGCCAGCGUUGGCUUACCCAACAACCACGCCAACAACAACAACAGCAGCCCCAAGUGGACACAUGACAAGUUCCAGGUCAACGGGGGGAAGGAGGAGGGCGAGCCCCAGGAGGAGGACACAGAGCAGGACCACAAAGACCAGGAGAAGUCUGAAGACAUGGAAAACGCUGAGCAGUGAGGGAGCUCAGGGAGAGAGAAACAUUGUACCAGCACAGUGGAAAUGUUCUACUGUCUCAAGUCAUCUGGGUCGUGUUGAAAUGGAUGAAAACGGACUGAAACGGGAGGAAAGGACUACCUGGACUUGUCCAAUAACAAACACUGUCCAAUAAGAAACUACCUGGACUUGUCCAAUUAGAAAAGACCCUGCUCACAGCCUAUAUCCAUCACAAUGGUUGGACAUGGGAGAGCUUUGCCCAUGUACAAAUACACACAUUAGGAAUCAAUCAGGACUCACUUUGACACAAUAUCUUUACUUAACAUUAUGUUAUACAUUUGUCAGGGUAUAGCUAACUUGUGUUUUAUCUGCUUAUAGUAGAAACACUGUUAGACAGUGAACUGCUGUGUUGGAAUAGGAAAUCUACGUAACCAACCUCUGUGCUUGAUAGGUUAGCGCGAUGAACAGUGCAUUGUGGGGUGUUAUGCCUCUUAGUACAGGGCUGAUGCAACAUUGCAUAACACUUUUUAAAAAUAUUUUUAUAUCUUGACGCAAAAAAGUCACAUUUUUACAGAGCAUGACAGGAGGAUCUUUUUGUGCCUUAGACUUAAUAAAAUAUGUCGGACACAUAUUUAAAUAAUUAAAUUACAUUUGAGGCCAAACAGAUGAAUACUAUACUAGAAGAUAAACAUUUUUAUUUAUUUAUUAUACAGUAGUGAUAAAUCAUACACUAUUACACAGUAGAUAUCUUUUUAGACCAGUUUAGCCAUCAACUGCAGAAAAUACAGUAUGCUGUUGACUUUAGCAAGUUUUAGGAUUCAACAAUGUAACCUACGGAUUCAAAACGUAACCUGCUGAUUCAAAUACGUAACCUGCUGAUUCAAAUACGUAACAUUCAACUACGUAACAUGCAACUUUGCAGCAUGUUUCUGGAUUCUACCAGGCUUAAGUACAGCUAGAGGCAAUCGAAUCCCCUUUUUACAUGACAACUGGGCCAGUGUCUAAUGGUCUAUAUGGUUUAGACCGUAUGGUUUAUAGUGGUCUUGCUAGUCCAGCAUCUUGCAUGUGACCCCUCUGACAAUGGGACCAAAUUGGGUCAAAGGUUAUAUUCUACAGACCUGCACUGUGGAGUGAAACAAGAGGCUCACAGUCCCCUAGAAGAGCAAACCGCAGUGGUGGAGAAAUGACCCAAUCGUCAUCCCUUAAAAGAAAAUGACUCAAGUAAAAGUUGAAAAAUUCUACUUGAGUAAAAGUCUAAAACUAUUUGAUUUUAAAUAUACUUAAGUAACAAAAGUUAAUUAAAAAAAUAUAUUUACUUAAGUAUCAAAAGUAUAUAAUUUAAAAUUCCUUAUAUUAAUCAAACCAGACACCCUUUUUUAGUUUUUUAAAUGUAUGGAUAGCCAGGGGCACACUCCAACACUCAGACAUAAAUAACAAACAAAGCAUGUGUUCUAUGAGUCCGCCAGAUCAGAGGCAGUAGGGAUGACCAGGGGCGUUCUCUUGAUAAGUGCGUGAAUUUUACUGCCCCGGGCUAAGCAUUCGAAAUGUAAAGAGUACUUUUGAGUUUCAGGGAAAAUGUGCGGAGUGAAAAGUACAUUAUUUUCUUUAGGAAUAUAGUGAAGUCAAAAUUAUAAACAGUAAAGUAAAGUACAGAUACUCCCCCCAAAAAACUACUUAGGUGGUACUUUAAAGUAUUUAAGUACUUUACACCACUGGGAAACAGAGACUGUUAAAUAAAAUGGCAUACCCUGUCUGCAAAGUCACAAUGGGCUACCUGGAUGUUUAUCUUGUCUAGUUUGUUGAGAAUCCUCUAUUGGAUUGUUAUAUUUUGUACAUUUCAAAACUGUUAACUUGGUCUUGGGUUGGGUGUGUGUACUACUUAUUAAUGGCUCAAUUUAUAAUUAUUUGUAGCAAUUAAUGCUUCCUUUGUAUAUGAAGAAAAAAAUGGUGAUUGAUUAUAUCACGGCAUUGAUUAGAUCAUGGCACACUCAAUGCUUUGAUGUGAUAGGUUUUCUCAUUGAAUGGGGACUUUUCCCCCUUGUGCAACGUCUGUUAAGUUUUGAUUGCUGAGUAGUAUGUGUGGGGUGCAACACAGUAAACUUUGGUUGAAUAUAAAAUAAAAUAACUUCUAAGGUAUUUGAAUUUGAUCCAAAAUGAUUUGUGCUGUUCAAUGAAAUAUAGUUUAUAAAAAAUUAUAGAAAAAGUAGACUGUUGCACUACUUGGAUUUGUAUGUCUUGCUGUGGGAGGCACUACUCUUUAAUGUACAUGAUAAAUGUUGUGGUUGACACUUUCAUGUUCAAUUUUAUGUGGUUGGGGCAAUAACUUUUUUAAAUGGUUCCUGUAGCCAAUGUUUUUCAGAUGUAAAUUAAAAAGAACUUUGGUUAAUUUAA